AUGAUUCACAAGCACAUCUUUGAAGCUUUAGAUCGAACUUUGAAAGUUGUAUUAAAGUGUCAUAAUCCUAGAAAAUCAAAAUUACCAUUUAGAGGGAAAGUGAUUGUGUUUGAAGGAGAUUUCAGACAAAUUCUGUCUGUUAUCCCAGGUGGUAGCACACAAGACACUGUUAAUGGCUCAUUAAGAGAAGGAAAAGUUGGUGGUCCUAACGAUGGAGAAGCGAUUAUUGAUAUUCUGCAGGAUCUUCUCAUUAAUGAUCUGUGUGAUCCUAUAAGUUCAUUAAUUGACUUUGUGUAUCCAUCAAUUCUUGAAGAUUCCAACAAUCCGGGAUAUUUUCAAGAAAGAUCAAUACUUGCUCUAAAAAAUGAAGUUGUUGGAAAAAUAAAUGAUUGGUGGAUAUCAUUGUUUCCAGGAGAUAAAGUCAAAUAUUUAAGUUCAGAUAAACUAUGUCUAUCAGAGUUUGUUCAUGAUCAGUUGGAUGCCAAUUUAUACUCACCUGAUGUUUUAAAUGGUCUUAAAGUCUCAGGUCUACCUAAUCAUAAGUUAGUUUUGAAAGUCGAGGUUCCAAUUAUGUUGUUGAGAAACAUUCAUUGUGUGCAACUCUUGUAA